CCCCAGAACAUGUCUACAAAGCUUUGGUGGAGUCCAUUGGAGACUCUCCAUCCGGUGCUUGGUGAUGUAGGGCCGGCAUGCAGCUAAUCAGCUAUGGACGCCAUUGCCAUGAAGCUCUUGGUGAAUGAAUGAAACAGAAAAAACAACACGGGGUGCGCCCCUAGUGAGGACUUUUUUGGGGUACAGAUAAAUUGAAAAAACUGUAGUGUCCUUACCCCCAAGUGUUGCGCUCAGGGCACAACACCUACAGUGGCGUCUGGAGAGAAAGUUGCUGGACCGCUGCCACGAGGAACUUCCCGGAAUGACGUCAGUCUGUCCCGUACGGACACAAUAUGGAAAUGGGUUCCUCUGAAUGAAGUUGCCUGUCCCAGUGGAUGUGAUAAUAGUAUUCAUUGCAACGCGUUUCAAUCCCGAACUGAGAUCUUCAUCAGGCAUACCUAGGUCUGCACUAUACGCCUCAGCACUUGGUGGCCCCGCUCUCUAGUCUCCACUUCGUUCCUAAAGGCUUCACCUUCUCAAUGAUACAGCUCACAGCCGAUAGGGGAAGAUCUAGGGGGAAGAAACUCCAGGACCUGACUUUCAUUGGAGUACAGUGAGCUUUUUAGAAUGACCCAGUCUUUCCUAAAUAUUGGUAAAAAGACUGCAUUGGUUGGUGCUGGAUUUUAUACACUUUUGGGAAUGGGGCUGAAUGAAAUCUAAAUUCGGUGUUUCAGAGGUUUAAAAUUUAAAUAUCUGACUUACGGGGGAACCUCAGGGAAGGGAAAAUAAUCAUGAAUGACGUGGCCCAAAAGACUGAGAUUCUGCUUUCUACAUCUAAACCUGUCCAAAAAACCUACAUCCCCAAACUUGGCCAGGGAGAUGUAAUGAAUAAGUUUGAAGCCAUGCAGAAAGCCAGAGAGGAGCGGAGCCAGAGGAGAAGCACGGACGAGAAACAGCGGAGGAAAGAGCAGUACAAUAGGGAGAGGAUCUGGAACAAGCGCAAGCAAGAGAUGAAAGAGUUACUAGCUUCUGACGAAGAAGAUGAACAACCAAAACAGGUGGAAAAAGGAUACGUCCCAAAGCUCACUGGAACAGUUAAAGGAAAGUUUGCGGAAAUGGAAAAACAAAGACAAGAUGAGGAGAGAAGACGGAUGGAAGAGGAGAGGAAACGGAGGCUCGAGCAGGACUUGAAGGAGAAGAAGAAGAUUCAGCGUGAGCUGGCCAAGAAAGCUGUAGAAAUUGAGGACAUUAACUGUGAUGGAAGUGACUCGGAAAUGGAGGAAGGAAUAGAGGAAGUAGAGGUAACCAUCACAACUAUAAAGCCAGUCAGGACUCCGGGGAAGAUAAACGUUAACUUCGAAGAUCUGGAAAAAGAAAGGGAAGAACACGAAAGAAUAAGAAACGAAGAAGAAAAAAAAAGAAGAUACGACGAGCAUAGGAAGUCAUUCCGAGAAGCUAAGAGACGUUCCACUGCUAUGGAUGAAACAGAGACUCAGGACAAGAAGAGCAAGGAGCAAGUGACUCCUGGAAAACUAAAAUUAACCUUCGAAGAGAUAGAAAAACAAAGGCAAGAGCAACAGAAGAAGCUCACGGAGGAGGAGGCCCGUCAUCGGUUAGAGGCAGAGAGGCAAGCCUUUGAGGAAGCCAGGCAACAUUUGGUCAAUGAUGAUGAAGAUGACAAGAACCUUUAUGUACACAAAGAAGAAUUCCGUCCCGGCAAACUCAAGUUGAGUUUUGAGGAGUUAGAGAAACAGAGAAAAGAGGAGGAGAGGAUGAGAGCAGAGGAGGAGGCCAGGAGGAGGAUAGAAGAAGAGAAAAGAGCAUUUGCUGAAGCAAGAAAGAGCAUGGCUUCCAAUGAUGAAGACGAGGAUGCCUACAGAUCAGAACUCCAAAGAGAACACAAUAGCCCUGGAAAACUGAAACUAAGCUUUGAAGAACUGGAAAAACAGAGGCGAGAAGCAGAGCACAGGAGAGCAGAGGAGGAGGCGAGGAGGAGGCUGGAGGAGGAGAGGAGGCAGUUUGCCGAAGCUAGGAAAAACAUGAGCCCAGACCAAGAUAAUAUUCUUCAGGAUAUGGAGUGUUCUCACCUGGACAGUUGUGACGCAUGCAAAGAACCAGAUGACGAAGGCCUGCCGCUAAGCAAACCCACUUCUGAAGAGUCUCUUGCCCCGGGCAAACUGGAAAUAAACUUCGAAGAACGUCUCAAACAGAAAAUGGAGGAAGAGAAACGGUUAAAAGAGGAAGAAAGGAAACAAAAGCUGGAAAUGGAGAAACAGGAGUUUGCUCAGUUACGGCAGGAAAUGGGAGAGGAAGAAAUAAAUGAAAGCUACGAGGUGUUAAGCAGAGAGUACGAAGAACUGAUCAAAUUGAAAAGGACCGGAUCCAUCCAAGCCAAAAACUUGAAAAGUAAAUUUGAAAAAAUUGGAAAACUCUCCGAAGAGGAAAUACAAAGGAAAGUAGAAGAGGAAAGAUUACGAAGAAAGGCCACGGAUGAGGAACUGAAAGAAAGGGAGGCAGAACAUUUCCAAGAGGAAGAUGAAGUUGACGUAAGACCUGCAGUCAGAAGCCACGCGCCAUUCUCACACAAAGUCAACAUGAAGGCGCGAUUUGAGCAGAUGGCAAAGGCCCGGGAGGAGGAGGAACAGAGAAGGAUUGAGGAACAGAAACUCCUAAGGAUGCAGUUUGAACAGAAGGAAAUUGAUGCAGCUUUACAGAAGACCAGGGAAGACGAUGAAGAGGAGGCAGCGAGCGUCAAUGGUUCACAAUAUGAAGAUGAAGAAGUCGCUCGCUCUGGGGCCCCUUGGUUUAAGAAACCCUUAAAGAACAUGACCGUGGUCGACGGGGAGCCCGUAAGGUUUACAGUGAAGAUCAGCGGAGAGCCGAAGCCUGCGGUAACGUGGUGGUUCGAAGGGGAGAUGCUGCAGGACUCUGAAGACUAUCAGUACAUUGAGAGGGGAGAAACCUAUUGUCUUUACCUACCUGAAACCUUCCCUGAAGACGAAGGCGAAUAUAUGUGUAAAGUAGUGAACAGCAGGGGCACGGCUGCCAGCAGUUGUAUCCUAAGUAUUGAAACUGAUGACUAUUAACAUCCUGCUUUAACUGGAGACUUCCUUCUGACCCUCACUGCAACCAGUCUUUCUUCAGUGGGCCAAAAGACAAAAGAAGCGCCUCUGCAUUAAUCUGGCAUUCCCGUAGUACUGGCGUUAGAUUGCAUGCAUUGCUGCAGCAGCAGAGAACGGCGAUGCCAGGGCUGCACGCUGGGGAGGGGAAAACCUGCACAUUGUAAAACAGCAGAAUUUUAUAGUGUAUUAAAUAAAUUUCCUUUGUAGGUCACCAACCUCUUUUCUAAUGAGAAAUUAUUGUUUUGUUCAAGAAGUAACUUGUGCCAACUUCUUAUUCUUUCGAAUUUUGAUUCAAUUUGCUAAUAAAGAAUUUG